GAGGAAGGUGAGAGGCAGGUCGGACGUAGGUGGGAGGAGGGGGGGGGGAGAGGUAUAAGUAUAAGCAAGCCUUCGCCUUCCCCCGUCUCGAGUCCCCUUCCUUUUGGUUCCUCGAUACUUUCUCAAUUCUACAAUCGCCAUCUACCAAUCUUCAAUCUUCAAUCUUCAAUCUUCAACCACUCCCCCCGAUUCAUAUAAACAUCCUUCAUCAUGUCUGGAUACGGUAACAACAACAACGACUCCUCCAACACCCGUGGCGGAGACUCGUACGGCUCUUCCAACAACAACAGCUCCAACACUGACAGCUACGGCUCGUCCAAUACCCGCAGCAACGACAACGCCAGCUACGGAUCUUCCAACAAGAGCUCUAACGACAACGACUCGUACGGAUCCUCUAACAAGUCCUCCGGCAACACCGACAGCUACGGCUCGUCCGGAAACAGCCGCAGCGACAACAACGACAGCUACGGCUCCUCCAACAAGUCCUCCAACGACAACGACAGCUACGGCUCCUCCAACAAGUCCUCCUCCGGCAACACCGACUCCUACGGCUCCUCCAACAAGUCCUCCUCCGGCAACACCGACUCCUACGGCUCCUCCAACAAGUCCUCCUCCGGCAACACCGACUCCUACGGCUCUUCCAACAAGAACUCCUCCGGCAACACCGACUCUUACGGCUCCUCCAACAAGUCCUCCUCCGGCAACACCGACUCCUACGGCUCCUCCAACAAGAACUCCUCCGGCAACACCGACUCUUACGGCUCCUCCAACAAGUCCUCCUCCGGCAACACCGACAGCUACGGCUCCUCCAACAAGAACUCCAACGACAACGACUCCUACGGCUCCACUAACAAGAGCUCCUCGGGUAACACCGACUCCUACGGCUCCUCUAACAAGAACUCCUCCGACAGCUACGGCUCCUCCAACAAGAACUCCAACGACAACGACUCCUACGGCUCCUCUAACAAGAGCUCCUCCGACAGCUACGGCUCCUCGGGAAACACCGAUAGCUACGGCUCCUCCAACAAGAACUCCUCCGAUAGCUACGGCUCCUCGGGAAACACCGACUCCUACGGCUCCUCCAACAAGAACUCCAACGACAACGACUCCUACGGCUCCUCCAACAAGAGCACCUCCGACAGCUACGGCUCCUCCAACAAGAACUCCAACGACAACGAUUCCUACGGCUCGUCUAACAAGAGCUCCUCGGGCAACAACAACGAUUCUUACGGAUCCAGCAACAACAACGACAGCUACGGCUCGGCAAACAACAACUCUGGCUCGUCGAUGGUGGAUAAGCUUGUUGAUAAGGCGACUGAUUUGUUGGGAAAGAGCAGCGGGGGUAACAACAACUACUAA